CCCGAGGGAGGCUGAGCCCCGGGCGGCGCUGUCCACACGCAGCGGGUCCUGAAAGCGGCUCCGGGGCGGCGCGGUGGCGCACUGUGCGCGCCGAGCAGGCGGAGAGCUAGCGCCUGCGGCCGCUGCACAACAGUCAAAGCCGACAACGGCUUCAUCUCAGCAGUCCCCGAGGCCUUGGUGGAAGGGACCUUUUGCUCUUUCCUGCGUCCCUCGCUCCACGCCUGAGGCAGGCGUGGUGGCCGUCCCGGAAGAGGCAACUGAAAGACAGUCGAACUAGAUCCCCGAGAGAGGACAGCGGGGCUCGAAGAGUUGGUGGGCGUGAGGCAUAUACUCAGGCGAGGAGGUGACCGUCGGUGUUGUCCCCAUUCCUGUGCCAGCGAUGGGGGAGCAGCGGGGACCGCGGGAACUUUGAAGGCAGCGGGUCCGCGGAUGUGAGGGCGGCAAGCAAUCUGGGACUCAGGAGUCUCGGCCCCGACGUCAGUGGCGGAAGCGUCUCCGAACCCUCCGGGGCCCCCAGCGCAGCCAGAGAGGAAGUUCUUUUGCAACUUCGUCCGAGACGUCGGAAAGCUGGGUAGAGAGAAGCUGAGGCGGCAGUCCUCAGAGAGGACUGUCUGAGGCAGCAAAUCUGAGCCCCAGAGACUCAGAAAGGAAGAGAGAGAAAGGAUCCUGUGGGGACUGAGAGGUCGAGGAGAGACUCCAGAGGCAGCGAGGCCGCCGAAGUAGCUUGGCAGUCCGCGGGCCUCGCUGCCCCCUGAGUGAAGCUAAGGGCUGUGUGUCCCACGCAGGCCUCCUCAAAGCAGCUCCUAGCGGAGGCCGGGGAUUCCUAGCCAUCCCGGAAGUGGGUGCCUACGCUAUGCUCCCGAAGCUGCGGGCCCCUUGGCCGCAGCUAUCCUGGACCAGGUCCGGAGUCGCCGCCUGAGCCAGCCCUGGAGGGAAGCCACUGGGAGUUGGGCGUCCCGCUUCCAUCCGUACUGCACUAGCGCUGUUUCCCGCCUCUAGGCGCAGCUCUCCGAGAUCUCCGGCAAGGCGGCUCUGAGAGGCCCCAAAGCUUCACCAGUGUUUUCUGAGCCCAGCUCGAACAGUGCCCGGCCUGGCGGCGCGGCUCCCUAGCUGCUCUGGGCAGCGCCUUGGCGCCGGGAGGCGGCGGCGCGGGCCGGCCUGCAGUCUGGAGCGCCCCGAUGGAAAUACACUGUAAGCACGACCCGUUUGCAUCCAUGCAUAGACAUGGAGGAGUGAAUCAGCUUGGGGGGGUUUUUGUGAAUGGACGGCCACUCCCGGAUGUAGUCCGUCAAAGGAUAGUGGAACUUGCUCAUCAAGGUGUCCGGCCCUGCGACAUCUCCAGGCAGCUUCGGGUCAGCCAUGGUUGUGUCAGCAAAAUUCUUGGCAGGUAUUAUGAGACGGGGAGCAUCAAGCCUGGGGUAAUCGGAGGAUCCAAACCAAAGGUCGCCACACCCAAAGUGGUGGAAAAAAUUGCUGAGUAUAAACGCCAAAAUCCCACCAUGUUUGCCUGGGAGAUCAGGGACCGGCUGCUGGCAGAAAGGGUGUGUGACAAUGACACAGUGCCCAGCGUCAGUUCCAUCAACAGGAUCAUCCGGACAAAAGUACAGCAGCCACCCAACCAGCCGGUCCCGGCUUCCAGUCACAGCAUAGUGUCCACGGGCUCUGUGACGCAGGUGUCCUCUGUGAGCACGGACUCGGCUGGCUCCUCGUACUCUAUCAGCGGGAUCCUGGGCAUCACGUCCCCCAGUGCUGACACCAACAAGCGCAAAAGAGAUGAAGGUAUUCAGGAGUCUCCAGUGCCAAAUGGUCACUCACUUCCGGGCAGAGAUUUCCUCCGGAAGCAGAUGCGAGGGGAUCUGUUCACGCAGCAGCAGCUGGAGGUGCUGGACCGCGUGUUUGAGAGGCAGCACUACUCGGACAUCUUCAGCACCACGGAGCCCAUCAAGCCCGAGCAGUGGUGCCCCGUGCUGAUGAGACAAUACUUGGUGCAGCCCCAGGCAGUCCUUUUCCAGACCACUGACUACUCAGCUAUGGCCUCGCUGGCUGGAGGGCUAGACGACAUGAAGGCCAGCCUGACCAGCCCCACCCCUGCCGACAUCGGGGGCAGCGUGCCGGGGCCACAGUCCUAUCCCAUUGUGACAGGCCGUGACUUGGCGAGCACGACCCUCCCCGGGUACCCUCCGCACGUCCCCCCCACCGGACAGGGCAGCUACUCAGCUCCGACGCUGACAGGGAUGGUGCCUGGGAGUGAGUUUUCCGGGAGCCCUUACAGCCACCCUCAGUAUCCCUCGUACAACGACUCCUGGAGGUUCCCCAACCCGGGGCUGCUCGGCUCCCCGUACUAUUACAGUGCUGCCGCCCGAGGAGCCGCCCCGCCUGCAGCCGCUGCUGCCUAUGAUCGUCACUGACCCUCGGAGCCAGGCAGGCGCCAAGCACUUAAGACACAUAUCACUGAGGGCGAUAGCCUCCCAGUCCCUUCUGAAGACAGCCAAGGGGCCCAAUCAGACCGUGCCCAGCCACCCCCCACUUGUCUGAAGCUCCUUUCCCCACUUUUCCUGCCAGGGACUCGGGGGUUCUAUGGCAGGGCUGCUGGACUUGCAGACACAGGUCCACCUCUGAUCAAUCAGUGAGCUUCUUCCCAAUGGCGACUGGGUCUCCACAAACCAACAGACUGUUCUGCAGCUAGCUGCAGCUCCCGCCCAGCCUGCCAGUCCCCCAGCUGUCUGACCACCCACUGUCUUCCUGCCCCAGGCCUGGGAAGGAGGGAAAGCUUGCUUUUGUUGCUUCAGCAGCACCCAUGUAAAUACUUUCUUGCUUUUUUGUGGGCCUGAGGGUCCAACUGAGCGGACUGCCCACCCAUUACACAUCCAGCACUCCUGAUGCGUCACAGGACAUCUUAGACCUGUGCACAGAGCAGCCCCUCUGCCCUGGGUGACCUGCAGGUGGGCUUAGAGCUGUCUUUGAGACUGACGAUGCCCACCUCAGGGCCUGGCCUCCUGUUCACUGCUACUUCUUUAUUCUCUGGACUAGGAGUCCCACUGGGGUGUUUAUGCUCCAAGAGACCCUCCCUCCCCAAAAAUCCCUCCCCAAGAGAAAUACACUUUGGGGAGAUGCCCCAGCUUCCUGCCUCUGUUUCCCUGGGCCUAAUGCAGUGCAAGCAGCUCUUUUCCACAUCAAAGGACUCAAAGAGAACCAUCUGUGAGAUUCCUCAGCUACAGUUCUAAAGUAAGAUAUUGUCUAUUGUGGACUUUGGACAUCAGGGCUGGACGGGACCCAGGAGAUCACGGUCCAAGGAACGGCCUAAGCCUUUCUUGAUGCCCCAGACCCUGGAUCCGCUGAACUGAACUGGGAUGUGUUUUCUGAGGCACUCCCAGGCCCAAAUUACAUUGGACAGCCACCAUGGACACUUUUCCCACCCUCCAGGAUGCCAGCGGGUGGGUUCUGGGCAAUCUGUCCCUGCCAUGUAUACAGUGAUUAACAAAGAGGGCUUUCCCUGCACUGAGGACCACAAACACCUGCAGCAGUCAGCCAGAAGCCUCUGAUCUGCCCCUCCCUGUCCUUGUGGAGCCUCGAAUGCAGCUGGAAUGGAGGUGCUAGGUGGGGGCGGAUGCCUCACCUUGUGUAGUAUGUAUCUACCUGUGGAUGCAAGGGGCCAUGAUGGUCAAGGCCACAGCCAAGGGCCCUGGGAGCCUCAAGGGGAGCUUGGAAAGAGCCACCUGGGAGGAUCUGGGGGACAGAGGAAGGCCUCCAGGAAGAGGAGCGGGACUGGCAGUGAGGAACUGGUGUGUGAACUGUGAGUGGCUUGAGAUGGGGCUGCUAGGCCCACCAUGUCUUUGCCUGGGGCCUCAAUUCUUGUCAACUCAAAACAGCCAGGUGGAGGCCCCAUCCAAAUCUGGGCUGAAUUACAGCAAUGACAGUGGACUUUGCCAUCUCAUGUGACAGUGUCCCCAAUGUUGAAAUGUCACCAAGUUGGCAAAGAGCUGGGGCAGAGAGAACCCCCACUUGAGGUUAUCAGGCCUGAGAGGUCUUGUCCUGGUUGCACCUCUGCCUUGCUGUGGGACCUCAUACAAGACCCUUCACCUCUCUGAGCCUCAGCUGCCAUGGUACAGCAGGGUCACCUGAGAGCUCCCUGCUUCCCCUCCCCUCUCCCAGGAUGCUGGGUCUGUGGCAGGCUCCUCUGGGGCAGGCUUUCCUCUUCAAAGCAAGCACAAAGGGGCAGGCGCCAGAGUCCUGCUAAUAUUUGGACCAGACGGGACAUCAGAACAGCCAGAGGGCAGGGAGGCAGCUUUGCAGAAGACUUAGUCCAGCUCCCCUCAGGGAAAACAGCCCAGCUUGGGGAAGCCCAGAGCCAUGCAGGGAGACAGAGCAGACCUCUUCUAUUUACCACCAAGUGUUCUCCUCACACCACGCCUACAAGGUGGUGGGCCAGAAGAAGAAGCUGACGUUCAGCAAGGUGGAGUCCCCAAGUAGUGACUGGCAGAGGUGGGGCUGGAAUUCAGUCCCCUGAGCCCUGGCACAUGGCUGAUCUUCCCUUCCCUGGGGAGGGAAGUUGACAGUGAGGGCAGUGGGAGAUGGUUCUGGACCCACUGCCCAGACGGGGUGUCCUGGGCUAUGGGAACUGCUGAGAGGGCCCAUCCCCCAGGGUGGGGUGGCAGGAGCCAGUAUGCUCACUGCCGGCACACCCAGCCCCUGGAGCCUGCUGGGCAAGGAAGGGAGCUGGCUGGGGCUGGAGCCCACCUCUGGAGUAGGGCUGAUCUGGCUCCAGCCUCCCUCUGCCAGGCAGGGCGGACAAGGUAUGCUGCCUGGCCUCUCCCGGCCUCCCUCUCUCCCUUUGACAGGAAGGGUAGGGUCAGAGUGUGCAGCACAGGUCUCCUGGCCUCCUGCACCCACAUCUCUAGGUGCUGGUCCCUCCUUGUGGUCUCAGGCUGUUGGAAGAAGGUCAGCCUUACCUGAACUGACAGCCUAAAGUGCACACCAUCCCUCCUUGGCAAAGCUCACCUGGCCCCACGUGUGCCCCUCCACCCAUCCUGUGCCUCCUCCUGCCCUGCACUGAGUCUCUUCCAUGUCCUUCCUCUCUCCCCUGAGGCUCUGCUGGUCUUCAGGUUGCAUUUGUAUUUAUUAGACCACCUCUUGAUUCCUGGGCUGCCAGGCAGAAGGCCAAGAGUAGGCAGAUGCACGUGCUUGCUCAUAUACACUUAUCUGCUCUCCCCGACUCAGGAGUCCCCACCCUGCCCAUGCAGCUGCCCGGAAGCUUGGGGAGAAAGGUUCCAAAGGAUGCAAAUCAUUGAGUAGAUGCCAGAGAACUGUGAAUGGGCAACAGAAGGUGAGGGCAUUCACCAGCGUUGUGGCAGGAAGCCUGGGGUGUUCCUCCAUGGGCCUUCAACCCUGUGUUCCAGCUCUGACUUUUUGAAAAGGACAUUGUGGAUUUUAUGAACAGUUUUCCUACCAGAAGUCUAGCUCCAGCCUUGAAAACUUUGAUGACAUAUCAUAUCCAACAUUGUACUUCCAAGGCACCUCAGGUAGGGUUAGCCCUUUCAUCACUGACAUUUGUGUGGUGCUUGCAAUCCUUGACCGUUCCCUGGGACGAAGAUCACAAUGCCCAUUUUACAGGUGGGAAAAUUGAGAUUUGGGCUCACGUGCAAGAUAGACGUCAAGUGACCUGUCAGAUCUCUGAGCCCCAUUCGGUCUUCACAGAACUGGGCUCCUGUCAUGGGAGUGGAUGGCUUAGAGACACCCUUCAAUCCCCUAGAAACCCCCAGACCCACAAUGAGAAAGGAGAACAGGGAGCCACAGGCUGGCCUGUAGGAGGGACCCGGGGGCUGGCGGUUUUGCUGAUCCAACUUGAUCCCCGUUACACUGAAGCCUGUGAAUUCUUUGUCCAGAUUCACAGGAGUUCUUCUGAAGUUCCACCCAGACUCCUGCCCUGCUGUGUCCUGAGGCUCCAAGGGCACCAGAGCUUUUCCAAGGCCACCCCAGAAGCCCUGACAGGGCCUGGAUACGGGCCUAGUGGGCUCCCAGGGUCCAGGGCUCCAGUGCCAUGGACUCCUCCUCAUUCUUUAUUCUUCCCAUUGUGGAUCAGACUCCAUGCCUCGCUGUGACAAUACACAGGAGUCCCUGAGCGGGCCAUCAGGGGACCCGCAGGCCUGGAAACACACAUCACAAUCUCAAGGGCCCUGAACUGUUUCCGGGGCCAGACAGGUGGAGCAAACUUGCCCCAGGGGCAGGCGGCCAGGGCUGGUGGGAGCCAAGGUGUCCUCUCCAGCAGCAUUCAGGUGUGAAAGCUCUUAAAAUGCUCUUACAAGCAGAAAUAUAUGUCUGUGAGCCAAAUUUGCCCCACUGGUGACCAGCUUGUAACCCCCAAUCUUUGUCCAAUGCCCCCUUUCUUCUUUACCUCCUUGCCCUGCACUGCAGAUCUGGGGGAGAUGUGAGCUCAGAGAGAGGUGUCCAACCACUCAGUGUCAAGAGCAGUCUCCCUGGGUCCGCGGCCCCUCCCUUCUCAUCCUGGGCUCUUGCAGACUGUUUGAGCUUUGAAAGUGGGUGGGGUGGAACAUCUGAAGGGCGUGGGGAGACUGUGGCCUGGAGGGGAGGUCAGUGCUGCUCAGGCCUUUCACAUGUGCAGGACAGAGCCCCAGAUGUGGCCACAGGGCACUGAGGGGUGAAAUCCCUUUAUGAGAAGUCACAUCCUGGAGCCAUUGCCCUGUCUUUGGCAGCCCCUGGGACUAUUUCUGGAUGACAUUUCAGCUAGAAUUUAGCUCCAAGCCAUGGGGAGCAAAUCUUAAAAACAAACAACAAACCAAGCACUCCAGACAAAUGCCUAGAAACAAGAUAUGGCUGAGACACCGCUUCCUCAAGAGUAGAGCAAAGUCCAGGCUCCCGGACAGGCCAAACCUGGGCUGAAGUGGGCGGACCCCACAGCGUUCUGGGCUGGCUCAGCUCCCCAGAAGCCCUGCUGAGAGGCUGGCUGUGCAGCCUUGACCUUGUCACCCAUCUAGGAGCCUGCCUCUGAUGGUUUCCAGGCAUGCACACCAGUGCUCCAGGAGAAUUUAUUCCCUUAGUUCUUUAGGCCUCAGAGAGGUCCAAGACAAGUACAUUUCCUAAAAGGUAACAAAAUACAUUAUUGGAACGUCGGACAGUUAGGCCAUGACUCCGAGCCAGCAGGCUGCCCCACCUCCUGGCAGCCCCUUCAGCCCUUGUCCCCUGUUGUCCUCAGAUCCUCGAACCUCAGGGUUCCCUCUUGCAUAUUCAUGGUGGAACCACAGUGUUGAUCUGUACUUCCCCUCUGUCAGCUCCUGGCUGUGCCUCCACACAGGCGGCCAGGUCCCGAGGGGCUGCUGCAGAGGACUGGAAACAAGUCCCUUGGCCGCCCACUAUCCUGAUGAGGGGUCUGCAGCUUCUCUGAAAUGAGCUGCUUGCUAGAAGCAGGCAGGCACCAGUCUUUCUUUCAUUUGCUGUAAUUUCUCAGCACUGGGGUCCUGUUUCUAGACUCCCUGGACCAAAGGGGACCUCCUAGUCACAUCCCUGCCAUUCUCGUGUUUCAGUCUGCA